CGGGGCGCGGAGCUGGGUGCGCGCCGAGCUGCUGCCUCCCGCCGCCUCCCGCCGCCUCCUCGCCCUCCAUUCCUCGUUCCCCCUCUUCUCCCGGCCACGCCGCCGCCGCUGCCGCCUCCCUGGGAACGGUAGCCGGGGGAGGGGACUGGCGCGGCCCGAGCCCGCGGGGAGGUGCGGGGCGCCGGGGCGUAGGGGAGCGCGCCGGGCCCUGCCCGAGAUCAGAUAGCAGCCGGAGGGGGAGGGGGAGGGGGUGGACCGGCCACGCUCACAGCCGACUGAGGGACGGACGCCAGCGGCCCCGGCCCGACCGAGCGGCCGGGGGCGCCGUCCAGGCGCGCGCUCCCGACCGGUGGCUGGACCCGGGCGAUCCGCGCCCGGGACCGACGCCCCCCUCGGCAUGGAGUGCCCACGGGGGCUGCCCUGAGGCGGUGGCGGCAGCGGCGGCGAUGCAGCCAGCGCGGCGGCUGCCGCGGCCAGGAGCGGCCGCCCGGAGCUCGGAGGACACGGAGCGCGCCGCGCCCCGGCUGCUGACCGAGGAUGUUCUAGUGUCUGGAUCCUCCCUAGCUGGUGCCUGGGAAAUGGCAGCCACUGCUAACUCAGCCUUGAAGACUGUCACUUGCCCACUCAGCACCAUUACUUAGAAGAUAGAAUUCAAGAGGGGUCAGCCCGCCGGGAGCCAGCCUGGGGGCGAGCUGGGGCCCCCCUACCCCCGGGAUGACCGCGGCCAGCCGGGCCAACCCCUACAGCAUCGUGUCGUCAGAGGAGGACGGGCUGCAUCUGGUCACCAUGCCGGGUGCCAACGGCUUCGGCAACGGCAAGGUGCACACGAGGCGCAGGUGCCGCAACCGUUUCGUCAAGAAGAACGGCCAGUGCAACAUCGAGUUCGCCAACAUGGACGAGAAGUCACAGCGCUACCUGGCCGACAUGUUCACCACCUGCGUGGACAUCCGCUGGCGCUACAUGCUGCUCAUCUUCUCGCUGGCCUUCCUUGCCUCCUGGCUGCUGUUUGGCAUCAUCUUCUGGGUCAUCGCCGUGGCACACGGUGACCUGGAGCCGGCCGAGGGCCGGGGCCGCACGCCCUGUGUGAUGCAGGUCCACGGCUUCAUGGCGGCCUUCCUCUUCUCCAUCGAGACGCAGACCACCAUUGGCUACGGGCUGCGCUGUGUGACGGAGGAGUGCCCAGUGGCCGUCUUCAUGGUGGUGGCACAGUCCAUCGUGGGCUGCAUCAUCGACUCCUUCAUGAUUGGCGCCAUCAUGGCCAAGAUGGCGCGGCCUAAGAAGCGGGCGCAGACGCUGCUGUUCAGCCACAAUGCCGUGGUGGCCCUGCGCGAUGGCAAGCUCUGCCUCAUGUGGCGCGUGGGUAACCUGCGCAAGAGCCACAUCGUGGAGGCCCACGUGCGGGCGCAGCUCAUCAAGCCCAGGGUCACAGAGGAGGGCGAGUACAUCCCGCUAGACCAGAUCGACAUCGACGUGGGCUUCGACAAGGGCCUGGACCGCAUCUUCCUGGUGUCACCCAUCACCAUCCUGCACGAGAUCGACGAGGCCAGCCCGCUGUUUGGCAUCAGCCGGCAGGACCUGGAGACGGAUGACUUCGAGAUCGUGGUCAUCCUGGAGGGCAUGGUGGAGGCCACGGCCAUGACCACCCAGGCCCGCAGCUCCUACCUGGCCAACGAGAUCUUGUGGGGCCACCGCUUCGAGCCUGUUCUCUUCGAGGAGAAGAACCAGUACAAGAUCGACUACUCGCACUUCCACAAGACCUACGAGGUGCCCUCCACGCCCCGCUGCAGUGCCAAGGACCUGGUCGAGAACAAGUUCCUGCUGCCUAGCGCCAACUCCUUCUGCUACGAGAAUGAGCUGGCCUUCCUGAGCCGCGACGAGGAGGACGAGGCCGACGGAGACCAGGACAGCCGCAGCCGAGACCGGCUCAGUCCCCAGGCCAGGCAUGACUUUGACAGACUCCAGGCCGGCGGUAGCACCCUGGAGCAGCGGUCCUACAGGCGGGAGUCGGAGAUCUGAGCCGCUGGUGGCUGAGAUGCAGCAUCCCCCCCACCCACCCCCGCCCAGGAGGGGCCGAGGCACCCCUCGGUGGGGCCACCCCCGGUUUGAGCAGGACCGGGGACCACGUGCCCUAGGUUGCAGACUCAGUAGCGUUUUAGUCGUUUUAUGUUUCUUUGCAAUGGCCUCAGAAGGUUGGUGGGAGAGUGGGCGGCCAGAGCGGGUGGCCCCUGCCCUCAGAGGCCAAUGUAGGGAGGUGGCAGGGCGGUGGCCUCCUGGGGGCCAGGGGCUUCUGCCUGAAGACAGAGCUGCAGCCUGCCUGGAAGUGGCUGGGUGGUGGGCAUAGCCUCUGCUGUGGGAGGCUGGCGGGUUUUUACCUUGGGGAGAAACACUGGGUUUCUCAACCUUAGCUUGGGUGAGACUGUUUACAAAAAAAAAAAAAAUUAACAUGCGAUCGAAAAAAAUUUUUUUUAAUUCUUGGGGGGGCAAAAAGGACAAUUAGAAUUCCAUGAGUCUGC